AUGCAACGCAUUCGACAGUUUCUCCGACGCGCCAGCUCUGGAGGGCCUUCAGCCGCCCCUCAAGCGCAGGUUGCGAUUGCGGCAGCACCUCAAGCUCAAGCAGCAAGCGGCCCAAGUCUGCAAAUUGCGCUGCAAAACCAGACAACGUCCAACACCGUCUAUGCCUAUAUCACAGGCCAAGCGAUCGACCGCGGCAACGCGUUGUUUCUCCUGUCCGCGGAUGGGAAAACUCCAUUCUAUCCCACCUCUCCAGGUGCGGUCGGCUCGCCCAUCCCACAAAAUUGUGCGAUUCCUCUCGGAGCCCCGGGAAACACCGUGACGGUGACAAUCCCCCAUGUGGCUGGAGGUCGCAUUUGGUUCUCGAUCGAUGCACCGUUGAAGUUCCUGCUCAACCCGGGGCCGGCGCUGGUUGAACCGUCUGUCACCAAUUCCUCCGACCCCAACAUCAACACCAAUUGGGGCUUUGCCGAGUUCACGUUCAACAGCGACCAACUGUAUGCCAAUAUCAGCUAUGUUGAUUUCGUCGGCCCCCCCAUCGCAUUGACUCUCACGACCCAGAGUGGCGCAACCCAGCAUGUCUCCGGGAUGCCUGCCAAUGGACUGGACCAAGUCUGCAGCGGUCUGCGUGCUCAGCAUGCCGCCGACGGCAAGGGCUGGGACCAAUUGAUUGUCACCCACAACGGGCGGAACCUUCGUGCCCUCUCGCCGAAUCAGGGGAUGGUGACCAACCCUUCGUUGUUUGCCAACUACUUUGAUGCCUACGUGAACAAAGUGUGGCAGAAGUUCGGUUCUCAAUCCAUGUCCAUCGACACCCAAGCGUCCUUUGGCAAAGUGUCCGCCAAGGUCAACAACAACGGCACGCUGAACUUCGGCGGUUCGAGCUUCACGAAGCCGUCGACGCGCGACGUCUUCACCUGCUCGACCGGGCCCUUCGCGACGGGCGCGAAUGCCGAGACCAACGCCAUCAUCCCCCGACUGGCCGCGGCGUUCAAUCGCUCGACCUUGCUCGUUUCGAACUCGUUCCCGGCUCCUCAAAGCAUGUAUUACAAGGACCCCACCACCAACCACUACUCCCGGAUCGUGCACUCGGCCAACCUGGACGGGAAAGGCUACGCGUUCCCCUAUGACGACGUGCAGCCCAGCGGCGGUGCCGACCAGAGUGGCGAGGUGCAUGCCGGCGACCCAAAGCUGUUCACCGUCACCGUGGGAGGUACGCACGCGGCCGUGAAGCCGCCGCCCAAGAAGGAGCUGUGA